AUGACAGAGUCAGAAAUCCCAGCGCCUGGGCCAGCCAAGCUCAAACGAAGUGCUGGCCCAGACGAGUGGCUACAGGCGGCAAAGCAAUGCAAAUACUUAUCGGAGCACCAUAUGAAACAACUGUGUGAUAUCGUCAAGGAAUAUAUGAUGGAAGAGUCGAACAUACAACCAGUCUCGUCCCCUGUCACGAUAUGUGGUGAUAUACACGGGCAGUUUUAUGAUUUGCUAGAGCUCUUCCGAGUGGCUGGUGGAAUGCCGAACGAGACAAAUGCCGAAGCUCCAGAGAACCCUCCUUCAGUUAUAACAUCCGAGGACAUCGAGCCCCCUUCGACGAUAACGGAUCCAAAGUUACGCAAAAAAGUAAAGAACGCAGACAGUUUACAAGAUGCCGACGAUAGUGGCUCGGCAUCCGGAAGGGAAAGAUCUAGUAGCGGAUCGUCAAAAGAAGGAACUGGCCCCCCUCCUGGCAAUUUCGUCUUCCUGGGAGAUUAUGUAGAUCGAGGUUAUUUCAGCUUGGAGACGCUGACUCUGCUCCUAUGCCUUAAAGCCAAAUACCCCGACCGCAUCACAUUAGUGCGAGGAAAUCAUGAGUCACGGCAGAUAACGCAAGUUUACGGCUUCUACGAAGAAUGCUUCCAAAAAUACGGCAAUGCAUCGGUGUGGAAAGCUUGUUGUCAGGUCUUUGACUUCAUGACGUUGGGCGCCAUUAUCGAUGGCAAGGUAUUGUGUGUGCACGGCGGGUUGAGUCCAGAGAUUAGGACAUUGGAUCAAGUUCGUGUGGUUGCUCGAGCACAAGAAAUCCCCCAUGAAGGAGCAUUUUGUGAUCUGGUGUGGUCUGAUCCGGAAGAUGCAGCGGAUGUGGAGACGUGGGCUGUUAGUCCGCGAGGAGCUGGGUGGCUUUUUGGAAACAAAGUCGCAGAGGAAUUCUGCCACGUCAAUGAUUUGAGUUUGAUUGCACGAGCGCAUCAGCUUGUUAAUGAAGGGUACAAGUAUCACUUCCCUAAGCAGAACGUUGCCACUGUUUGGAGUGCGCCAAACUACUGCUACCGAUGCGGCAAUUUGGCGUCAGUAUGCGAGAUUCGCGAAGACCUCAAACCUACUUUCAAGCUCUUCAGCGCUGUCAGCGAUGAUCAACGACACGUUCCUUCGUCGAGACCUGGGCGAAGUGAAUACUUUUUGUAG